AAUAGGUGGAUAAGUUAGUGCGGGUGAGUGUCGGUGAUGGUAGACGUACAGUGGUGGUCCAGGUGGCAGUGUUGUCAUACUCUUGUGUCUUCAACUUCACAUUAAUCUUCCUCCUUAAACUUUACGCUACAACCAUGGUGUCUGUGAUCAGUAAUGUUGAGACUGGUCAUGAUGACAUGAUCCAUGAUGCUCAGAUGGACUACUUUGGUACAAGGUUGGCCACAUGUUCCUCAGAUCGGUCUGUCAGAAUCUUUGAGGUGAAGGGCACUUCACAAACUUUAAUUGCUGAUCUCCGAGAACAUGAAGGGCCUGUUUGGCAGGUGGCAUGGGCACACCCUAUGUAUGGCAACAUUUUAGCAUCGUGCAGUUAUGACCGUAAAGUAAUAAUUUGGCAAGAAGAUGGUCACAAAUGGAAAAAGGUUCAUGAAUAUGCCAAUCAUGAUUCAUCAGUGAACAGUUUGUGUUGGGCACCUCACGAGCAUGGACUCAUCCUUGCCUGUGCAUCAGCAGAUGGAUCUUUCUCUGUCUUGACUUCAACAGCACACACAUGGGAGUCAAAGAAAAUCACUAGUGCCCAUUCUGUAAGUUAAUGCAUGCUCGAGGAC